AUGCCCCGGAGCAUCUUGCUACGCCACGUCCAGCGCUCGCUGGCCUCGGCGGCCGAGCAGGAAACCGACUUCCUGCUCGCCGUCAAGCACCAACAUGCGGCCGAGGCCUUGCGGCGGCAGCUGUGGCUCCAGCGGCCGUCGAUCGAGGCCGUCGUGCGGCACCAUCUCGGCCUGGCCAGCGACGACGGGUGCACUCUUCUGCCCCAGGAUUCGUGGUUACAGGGCGGCUUUAACCUUUGCCUCCUCGUCGCAGUGUCCGAGGGCGCCUGCCAAAGGGUCGUUGUCUUCCGCUGUCCCAUGGCUCACAAGCUUGCCGAAGACGUGUAUGCCGGCACCAUUGACGAAAAGCUGCGCUCCGAAGUCGCCACGUACGUGUGGAUGCAAGAGCACUGCGCCAACAUUCGAAUCCCCGCUCUUUACGCCUUUGGCCUCAAAGACGGCAGCCACUUUGUCCACGUCGGGCAGCGGCCCUUGUACGCCAGAAUCUGCCGUUCCUUCUGGCGAUGGAUAUAUCGUGUCCUCAACAAUCCCUUGCUCUCAAACUAUUCUCGCGACGCAUCCGUGCCGGCCGUCGACACCCCCUACAUGCUCCUGGAAUACAUCGGGGCCGACACUGGGCAGGAGCUUUCGCUCACGUGGGCACAACAUUUACAUGACGCCGAUCGACGAAAUCGACUGUUUCGCGGCAUUUCGCGCAUUAUGCUCUCGCUGGCUCGGCUCCCCCAGCCACGCAUUGGCUCGUUCCUUUUCAACACGAGCGACGGCACAAUCUCGCUUUCCAACCGGCCUAUAAUAUGUACUAUGAUGAUUUUCGAGAACGGCGGGACGCCACGCGCAAUGGAGCCUGGCCAGACGUACCAGAGCACCGACAGUUUUAGCAAUAUUUUUGUCGAUGAUAAUUGGGAGGUAACUGCGCUUAUUGACAUGGAAUGGAUGUGUACGCUGCCGGUGGAAAUGCUGUCGGUACCAUACUGGCUCACCAACUGCAGCAUCGACGAUAUCACCGACGACAAUUACGGCGUCUUUGAAGAGACGCGGCGGACGUUUCUGGCAAUUAUGGACGAGGAAAGUAAAAGUAUACCAAUGGAGCACGGUCUUGAGCUAACGCGCACCAUGAGACGUGGUUGGGACUCCAAGGGAGUGUGGUUUUGGUCGUGCCUAAAAUCCGUAAAUGCCUGGCUUUUCCUAUUUGAGGACCAUAUUGCUCCACGCUUCUCCGCCGAAAGAGGAUUUAUUACCGAGCUAAAGAAGGUUUCUAUGUUUUGGCGAGACGAGGUUGACCAGGUUGUCAAGACCAAGGUUGAUGAGGAAGAGCAGUUCCAGGCAGAGCUCCGAGAGCUUUUUGAUAAGGAAGGACGUGAAAACGAGUGA